AUGACGACGCGGCAAAUUCAUGCCUUUGCUCAGCUGAUCGAUCAGCUCCCUGUCGGCGUCCAGGAGUCUGAGUUUAUUGAUGGAGCCGUGGCCGCGAACUCUGGUAAACUGGGCUUCAGUUCCUUUACUGAUUCCCAGCACUUCCAGUAUCCGAGACGGCCCCCAUGCAGCAGCAACGAGGGGUGUUACCCGCAGCACGACGGGUCAUACGGGGUUCUAACCCCUAGAGCUCGAACUGGGGGGGAAGAGCCGACGGGUUUCGUCGGCUACGGGAGCUCCUCGUGGGACGGAAGGCCUCCAUGCUUCUCAAGCGGCUCCCUCGGAGGAGCGGGGGACGAUGUGAGCUCCCGCUUCCACCACCCCGUUCCGCAGGGCAACCACGCGCUGGCGUCCGCGUACGACCAUGGCCUGGAUAAGCCGUACGUAGACUGUGGGCGCGGCCCGAGCCGCUGCGGCGGCGAAGUCGGGGAUUGUAGCGAUUCGCACCGCCGGGCAAGGGCUCCUGUCUUCGACAGCAAAGACUCAAGCAACAACAGAGCCAUAUUUGCCGCCGAUUCGCCGGCAGCGCCUCCUUCCUCUCUUGCGCCAAACAGCUGCCACCAGGGUGUCGCUUCGUACUACGCGCCGCCUCCUCAGAGAGUCCAGCAGCAUCAGCAGCCCCCGUUCAACACAAAUUAUUGCACGCCUGCUUCCCACGGCCACGCGGAAAGUUCGCCCAACGCGGCGUCCAUGCAUGCUCACUACCACAGCAGGAACGACGGGGACCGAGAUGCCUACCGUCUGCCUGGUGCGGUGCCGGGAAGUCUCGGAGACAGUCGCAGCGAACACGAGAUUCCGCCAUGUGGGGGAUACAGUGAUUUCCGUUCGGGGCCCGCUCCGCGUCUGCCCACAGUGCCCCAGCCCGGCGCCGAGGGGUUGGGUAAUGCCUUUGGGAGUGACGCUGUCGUGGAUAACGGCGUUUUAGUUGAAGGCGGGUUUUACGGAUCCUCGCCUUGUAUAUCUGCGGGUGCAUCAGCCUCGAGCUCUUGCGUUUCGCCGUAUAACACUACCGGCCUUGGUGGGCAUAUCAAUGACGGCUUUUCUCUCGAUCGUCCUCGUUCUCUUCUGAUGGGAUCAGGCGGCCCUAAUGUGAGAAGCACAGGCACCCCAGGGACGCCUGCUCCUAGCGACAGUUCGAAUGUUUCUUCUCCUGUGGCGUCUUGCGGGAAUCGGACCACAAGCCAUGAGGGAGAUCCACUUCACCCUCAGAGCUACGCGAUGUCUCGUCCGAUGUCAGGUCUACAGCAGGCUUCGUCCGCCCCGGGGCCCCACAGCUGCGACAGCGUCCAUCCUUCGAGGGGCUCCCUGCCCUCCUUGUAUCACGCUCAAGAGUUUAGCAACGGGAACGGCGGCGAAAGUCAUACAGCACCAUCCAGUGGCUGCAAGAAGUCUCGCUGUUACUCUGCUCGUGGCGCAGACGUGUCGGGCAUGUUUUCCUCCGGGGUCCCUCUGUCUUCAUACAGACGGGAUGAAAGCGUGUGUCGGUCUGACUGCCGGUGCGGCGAGCCUCCCCAGGAAUUCAGCGCCGCACAGAACUUCACGCAAAAUUCUGUGAGCCACCAACACAGGUAUGGCGGAAGGGGCGAGGACCGCCGACCUAACGACAUGCCAUCAGGCUGUCCUGCAUCACCACCUUCCCUCCAGUGUUUGGAGCCCGCGGGGUCGGGAGACAGUGUUCGCCCCAGCGUCACGGAUUCGGAUCCAGCACAGCAGAUGCCGAUGAGUCCGUUUUGUCAUCCCGCCGCUGGCAGAGAAGAGGGCCGGCGGCAAGAUGGAGCUUGCGGAAAUGGGCAGAAUUUCAUCGAGGCCACGCCACUCGUUGGAGCCUGCAACCCAGGAGCAGGGUUGACGAGUUGGCCUGGCACUCGGACCUCUUUGCAGAGUGCACCAUCCUCAUGUUUCGGACCAACCCCCCCCUUCUUCCAGAACCCGGGGAAUUCGUCUGUGCUCACCGCCAGUGGGAACACGCCAGUCGCUGGUGCCGAUCGCUCCUCCGGAGCUUUCGGCGCAGUUGCCGCUUCGCAGGCUAAACAUGAGCGUCGACACUCUGGUGGAAGUCAGCACCCUGCUGUGGCUCAAGAAAGCAGUCUGUUGAAUGCUGGAUCCUGCGUGUCGUCUUCUUCGGCCUCGACGUUUGAGGGCAACAGCAGCUGCGGCAGUGGCGGGAGCCGAAACGGCUCUCCCGUCAACUCCCCUAGACAACGGUCUAGCAAGCUCCGCCGACCUCAGUCAGCCGUCGGGCGCUCGCUUGUUCACCGUCGUGUUUCGGGCGCGUCGACCGGCCCCGGCCCCGGUGCUAGCGGGGAAACAGCAUCGCUGCACGGCGACCCGCCGAAAAACGGACAUAAUUGUUUGUCGAGCAAGCCAUCGAAGAAUAUCGAGGCCUCCGCCGAUACAGCUCGUGCGGGACAGGGUGGAGGCUCCGUUUCCCGCGAGGAAGCCGAGGGCCUCGGGGGCGAUCAAAAAGGCGCACAGGGCUGUGGAGGCGGCGCUGCGGAAGACAGGUGCGACGUGAGCGCUUCCAGCGCCGCCGUGGGACGCCUCCUCUCUGCCAAAAUCGAAGGAGUCAGCAUGCAUUCGGACGGCGGGCCUGAAAGAUCAAUCUCUUCGAUUUUAGAGGGGAACAAAGGAAUCUCCGCGAGUGGGUCUCAGCAGCCAAUGCCAGGCUCCGUAGAAGAUGGUGGCCCAGGGGACGCAAACAAGGCUGACGGAGCAGCAGACGCCAAGUCGUUUCUCUGUGAACGCCGUCGGGCUGUCGGAGACGGGCGAGAAGACGGUCGGAAGGCCUGCCGACGCAUAGAGGAGCACGUUGAUGGAACGCAUAUUGUCGAUGCCCUGCCUGCAGCGUGCACUACCGGUCACGCGAUGGAUAGUGAGUUGCGUUCCCAUACACCGGGCGGCGACAGCAACAUCGUUAUGCACGGCAGACGCCUUGGUGCUGCCGGGCAGCUCGGGGAGAACGGAGUUUGUGGCAGGCAAGGCGGAACCGGCGAGCUGUUGACGAGCCGGUACAACCUGACAGGGAAGGAUACGGGCGUGGGAGUGGCUUCGAGGGGAGACAGGAGGGGGGAGGCGGCCGUCGGUGACAUUCAGGGAGGGAUAACAAAGACCGACAGCGUCAGUGAUGAAAUGGAGAAGGCGAAACAGGGGAACGCUCUGGGAAGGACGACCGCUGCGGCACACGAGACCGACGGCGAUGACCAAGAGCGCGUGUCGACUGUCGUCCGAGCCCUCGAGGAAGAACUAAACAAGGUUUCGGAGGAGCUACGAGAGGUCAUCUGCCAACGGGAAGAGGGCCGCGAAUUUUUUCAAAACUUUUUUUUCGAUCGAAAGCAACGGUAUCUCUCUCGUCUUCAAGAGAUUCGUCCUUUCCUAGGGUCCGCUUUCAAUGACGUCUUUCGAGCAGUCACGGCGUGCCGCACCGUCGGUCAGUUGAGCACAUGGGUCGCGGCGUUCGACUUCUCCGGUGCCGCCACGGCGUCGCCAGGUUUCGCUGCGUCACGGGUCUUGGAGGUUUUCAACUCUGGCGCGGCCGCGCCCUUGCAUGUAACGGUCGACGGUUUCUGUUCUCAUAUGCCGCCAUCGCUUCGAACGCCACCUGCAGGGGGCCUGGACUGGGAUGUGGAGAACUCCGGCGCGGGGGUGCGCGUGCGAAAAUGUCUCUCGUCUUGUGUGGCGGAGGUCUCCUCGAGUCGGGACGGGGGCGUCAGGGGGGGAAGAACGACAUCGGCGGUCACGCGGCCGACGGAUGCAGCGGACACGCUGCUCGGGUAUCGAGCUUGUUGCACUCGAAAUUUUUCUCCCACUUCGUUUGUGCUUCGCGUACCUUCUCUCAACGGCGUGCCUCAUUUGCUGCCCUUCACCUGCGUCCGCGGCGACGAGAACGCGUGUGACAGCGGGAGAGCUGACAGUCCCCUGGGUGUCCGCGCACAACGCUCGACUGGCGCGGUGAUUCGGACUGCAGUGAGAACUCGAGGGUACGAAGCCGAGGACCUUCCUGCCCGUGUUUUGGGUACGGCGGACUCCGGGUCACGCCACAUAGCCCGUCCUCCCCGUGUACGUCUCUGCAGUUUGGGAGACAGCGUAGGCGAAGAGGAAGACAACCUUCAGCAGAGACACCCGCCGCUCUCUGCCAGCAGUCCGAUGGACGUUUUCUCGGGGCCCGGAGGCCUCGUGGAGAGUCUUCAUAAAGGGGUCUCGCCCCGCACUACAAGCCUAGAAGACCAUGUGGCAAGCCGCGUGACGGGCUCUCCGACCUCCUUGUUCGUCCCUUUCAUAGAUUUCGAGUGUGGCCCCGCCAGCGGUGCGAACGCGUCUCGCGCAGGCAGCAGGGUAGACACGGGUUUUUGGUCGUUCGAAGCCGUUCCAGCGGGCGCCGGCGGCCGGUCGGAGGGGGUAGGGAACGCGCGCGACGACUGCGCAGGUCUGUCGUCGGGUUUCGCUGGCGAGGGCGCAGACUCCGCUGGCGCUGCGAAAGACGGAGAAGGGGUCGGCGCGCCAGGAUCCAAUCGCGGAGCCCGGUCUGCGUCCGACUCUUUCGGGAAAGCGUCUGAACAGCAAGCAAGCAGUGGCGGUGUGCACCCGUCAACUUGCCACCACCAAGAGGCGUCAGGGGAUCCAGGGUCAGAGGCGGAGGACGCGACUGCGCCUGGAAGCCCUUUAUUCGAGAAGGCAAGCAAGACUGACGGGUCCUCGAUUGAGGCAGAGCCGUACUCGAAUGCGAAGAGUCAGAGCGAUAGAGACAGUUCAGGGUCGCCAGGCCCGCAUUGUGAAGGAUUACCACCGAGCUGGCAUCGGAACGAGAACGGUCCAUUGUGUGGCAAGAGUGCGGGGAUGCGUCCGGUCGGCGAUCGAGAUUCUGGUUGUGCAGCGUCAACUCGAGACACCGAUAACGAGGCUCAAAUGGGAGAAUCUCCAGCCGGAGCAGGCACUGGCGAGAUACGUUUUGAUCAGUUUGAUAAUUUGAAUCGAUCCGCCCAGAGUGGCAGCCUUCUGAGUACACCCUCAAGCUUGAACGGUCCUGACGCGAGCGUCUUUGGCAGUCAAGUGGCGCAGCCGGAUUGGUCAUCCGGGUCGUAUCGACUGCAGAAACUAAUUUCGAGUCCGCAACUACGGUAG